ACAGUCCUACUGGGAUUUUUUUCCAUCUGUUUGUAUAUUGUGUGUGAGUGUGACAGAGAGAGUGAGAGAGAGAGACAGAGAGACAAAAAGCCAAUACUCUAAGCUAUAUAGAACCAUUGUCACGGGAGGUAUAUCCUUCUUCUCUGAUAUGAUGAACAGUGUAGACGGAAAUGAUCUUUAAUCCCACAGUUUUCCCCCCUUUUAAUAAUCAGAUGUCACAGCCCCCGUUUAUCCAUCAGGCUCAACAGUUGGCUUCAAAGUUGCAGUUUUUUCUGAAACAGGAAGGUGAAUGGGACCUCAAAAAUGUUUGGAUGAUUUGUACAUGACUGUGUGUUAAAGUGUAAAUGUUAAGGUCCUCCAGUGCUUGUGAUCAGUUCAAAAUUCUGGCUGUUCAACGGAAUGCAUCUGCUGCUGAUCAUUUCAUUCUGCCUCAGUCUCUGUUCUUCUGUGCUGAGUGCAGCAGUAUCACAUCCAUGUAGUUCUGUAUACAGAGGUUUUGCUGAGUGUCUGGUCACUUUGGGUGACAGUGUGAGCUCCAAGACUGAUAACCCACAGGAUAUCAACUCCAUUUGCAAGUCAUGGGAUGCUUUCCAGGUGUGUGUGAGUGGUGUCUUGUUGGGCUGCCGAGGUGAUGCAGCAGAAAUGUGGGAAUCUUUGAGAGCGGAGUCCCGGAAAACAGUGUUUGCUGGUAACCUCUACGACAUGUGUGCUAGUCGUACUGAAUCUGCAACUGCAACCACACCUCUGGUCCCCAACACUGACUAAACCAACCAGGAAACACUCAAAGGACUCGCUCAUUCUGCCAGCCACUCAGUCAGUAAAGAGCUGCUCCUGAUAUGCUUCUCUCUUC